AUGUCCAACACCGACGCAACCAAAGGCCAAGCCGCGUUGGCUUCCUCCGAUUACCCCACUUCAGUCUCGCACCUAACUAAAGCCCUCAAUUCCCAAUCCACGCCCUCGCCCCUCUGGCUCAUCCAGCGCAGCACCGCGUACCAACGAACAGGCCAACACGCUCUCGCUCUCGCAGACGCGGAUAAUGCCGUAUUGGCUGCGCAUGCGCGAGGCAAGAGGGAACUGAUCGCCACGGCUCAUUUCAGGAGAGCGGUUGCGUUGCAUGGGAUGGGACGAUACGGCGAUGCGAGGUUGUGUUUGCUGUGGUGUCAGAAAUUUAAUGAGAAGGAGAAGGGUGUUACGAUGUGGCAGGCUAAGGUCAAGGCGGAUUACGAGAAAGCUGGGGGUGAGGAGGCGGAGUGCAACAAGGUCAGUGUGAAGGAGGUCCCAGAUAAGAAGGCGAAGGUUGGUGUGGCCAAGGCUGAACCAGAGAAGGCUGCAGCGCCGGCUGCUACCUCUCAGACGCCGAAGGAAAAGAUCAGGAAUGAGUGGUACCAGUCCAAUACGACUGUUACGAUUGAGAUCUUUGCGAAGGGAGUGCCUCAUGAUGCGGAAGUAGACAUCCAAGAAGGCAGUCUCGAGGUCAGUUUCCCUAUUGCAGCAUUCAAUACCACCUACGACUACACCAUCAGCCCUCUCUUCUCCAAGAUCGACAAAUCGAAAUCAAGCUUCCGAAUCACCCCACAUAAGGUCGAGAUUGUCCUCACCAAGUCAAUGCCAGGGCUGAAGUGGUCUUCCCUGGAAGGAACAGCUCUUAUCGAAAGUACUAUUGUUCCCGAGCCCGCUCCCAAGAUCCCCGCCGAGGUCCUCAAGGCUCCCGCUUACCCCACCUCUUCCCGCAAGGGACCAACAAACUGGGACAAAGUUGUGGAAGGAGAUGACAAGGAUGAAGGCGAGGAAAUUGAUGGCUUCUUCAAGAAGCUCUACAAGGAUGCGGAUCCGGAUACCAAGAGAGCUAUGAUGAAGAGCUAUCAGGAGAGCAACGGCACAGCAUUGAGCACAUCCUGGAGCGAUGUUGGCAGCAAGAAGGUCGAAACUGUCCCGCCUGAGGGACUGGAGGCUAAGAAGUGGGAGAUUUAA